AUGUCUGCAAUCAUUCCCCAAAGGCAAAAAUCAACGAGGGACGCAGCCAUGUUGAAACUCUCUUCCCAAAUUGAUGCGUUGACGAAAGAACGGAACGACCUCCACCUUCAAAUUGACAAGAUUGACGAAAAGCUGUCUAAUAUUCGCGCAGAGUUUGGCGCCAUAUACAACGAGCCGUCGCCAUUGCUCAACCUGCCAGCCGAGAUUACCUGCCUAAUCUUCGACUACGCAACUAUUACGCCUCCCGGGUACGGCUCCAACUAUCUGUUUUCGUCUCGGGUCCAGGAAGAUCAAAGGGAGCCGGAAACGACAACAGAACUCGUUCUCUCUCAUGUGUGUAGGAGAUGGCGCGAGGUUGCGCUCAGUUAUCCGCGUUUAUGGGCAAGAUUCAUGUAUAGGGAGGACGAGAAUAUUUUGGGGGACGAACUUGAUCUGCAGCGUUUUGAAACAUACCUGAGCAGGUCGGGAACCCAGAGUCUAGAGCUACUCCUCGAUUUCAACGACAACGACUUUAACCCUGGUCGACCGAAUACCACAACCAGCGACAAUCGCGCUCGUGUCCUCGACAUGGCUUUGUCUCACGUCGCGCGAUGGAGGGUUGUCACGAUUAGGGUGGACUUUGAUUUUCGCGUCCUCAAUCGACUACGACAUCUUACCGAGCAGGAAGUACCGAAACUGGAGUACUUUGCGUUCUGCCCUUACCCUUCAAUGAGCCGGGCACAUGGCACAGGCGACAUCGAGGAAAGGUUUAACCUGGCAGACAGAGCGACCGCGUUACAAUCUACAAUUUUUACAGGCGGUGCCCCAAAACUCAACUACGUUCAUUUAGGUGGUUAUGGCAAAAUCCUCCCCCCGCUUUCCAACAUCACCACUCUGAGGCUCGAAGCAGAAGAUUUUGCUGAAUACGUGCUUUCCUGGCCCGCGAUGCGCCAGAUCAUGGAUAUACCUACCCUUACCAAUCUGUCAAUUGUAGGAAAUGUAUUCGAUCCACCUGCAAUGGAACAUGAUUUGCCUCUCAUCACGAUGAAUGUUCUUGAGCACUUGCGGUAUGAAAACGACGCCAUGACUCUCCUGUUACCAUAUCUCCGCCUACCAGCCCUCCAAAGCCUUGUCCUACGCAACGUUUGGCUACCCGAGGAGCUAGGACAGACGGUCCCCGUCCCCGUCCCAAAACCAGGCACAGGAUACUUCUUUCCAUCGCUAACGACAUUGACCCUCAUUGAUUCGACUACCUCGACCGUCCUCGCCGGUCGAUUCUUCGCACACCUAACAAAGAGAGCCAAGACGGUGCUUCUGUCCAUUGAAGAGCCUGAAGAAAACAUCCUUAUCCCACUCUACUCAUACCUGCCAAAGGAAUGCUGGCCGGAACUGUCCACGCUCAUCCUGAACCUCAGCACCGAUGAUGAUGUCCAGCUCAUCAUUGAGUUGGCUACUAAAGGGCCCAACCGCCGUGGUAAGAAAGUGCAGGUGUGGUUGUGUGACGUUUUGGAGAAGACAUGGCGCGAGGAUUACCGGGCCCGGUUUGCCAGGCUCGAGGAGGCGUGUACGAUCAAAACGCUUUCAGAAACGCCAUCGUCAACGUUGGAGGCGGAUGAGCAGUGUGUGUGGGAUAUGCUUUCACCCGUGUGGCCGCCUGCUUCUGGGGAAAGAGUAUAUCCAGGCUAUACGAAUAAUGACGACCCCUUUGAAAUCGACCUACAUUCAUUUACUCAGUUUUGA